UUCCUCUUCCCUUCUGUUCUCUUCUUUUCCUUUCUUUUCUCUCCUCUUCUCUCUGUCCCUCCUACUUUCACUCUCUCUCCACCGCUUUUCCUCACUCUCUUUUUCUCCCCCCUUGAAGGCACUGUUACUAGCAAUAGAGAGCUCUGGGGCUUGCCUGAAGCCAUGGACAGUCACCACUCCAGGAUUCCCCUUUUAGCGCCUCCUCCCCAUCUUAAUCUCAAAGUCCAGCAAGGAUAGUGAGCAGUUAGAGCCCGACCUCCAACCUACUUCCAUGGGGGUUUGCUUCCUGAGUAGGAGAGAUGACUCUAGUCUGGAGACAUUUGCUGAGACCCUUGUGCCUGGUCACCUCCGCUCCCAGGAUCCUUGAGAUGCGUCCUUUCCUGAGCCGUGCUUCCUGGACAUCAGUAACCAAGCUCGGUCUUCAUACAAGGCCCAGAAUGCCUCCAUGUGACUUCAUACCUGAAAGAUACCAGUCCCUUGGCUACAACCGUGUCCUGGAAAUCCACAAGGAACACCUUUCUCCUGUGGUGACGGCGUAUUUCCAGAAACCCCUGCUGCUCCAUCAGGGGCACAUGGAGUGGCUCUUUGAUGCUGAGGGAAACAGAUACCUGGAUUUCUUUUCCGGGAUUGUUACUGUCAGUGUUGGCCACUGCCACCCGAAAGUGAACGCAGUGGCACAAAAGCAACUCGGCCGCCUGUGGCAUACAAGCACUGUCUUCUUCCACCCUCCAAUGCACGAAUAUGCAGAGAAGCUUGCCGCACUUCUUCCUGAGCCUCUUAAGGUCAUUUUCUUGGUGAACAGUGGCUCAGAAGCCAAUGAGCUGGCCAUGCUGAUGGCCAGGGCGCACUCAAACAACAUAGACAUCAUUUCUUUCAGAGGAGCCUACCAUGGAUGCAGUCCUUACACACUUGGCUUGACAAAUGUAGGGACCUACAAGAUGGAACUCCCUGGUGGGACAGGUUGCCAACCAACAAUGUGUCCAGAUGUUUUUCGUGGCCCUUGGGGAGGAAGCCACUGUCGAGAUUCUCCAGUGCAAACAAUCAGGAAGUGCAGCUGUGCACCAGACUGCUGCCAAGCUAAAGACCAGUAUAUUGAGCAGUUCAAAGACACGCUGAGCACAUCUGUGGCCAAGUCAAUUGCAGGAUUUUUUGCAGAACCUAUUCAAGGUGUGAAUGGAGUUGUCCAGUACCCAAAGGGGUUUCUAAAGGAAGCCUUUGAGCUGGUGCGAGCAAGGGGAGGUGUGUGCAUUGCAGAUGAAGUGCAGACAGGAUUUGGAAGGUUGGGCUCUCACUUCUGGGGCUUCCAAACCCACGACGUCCUGCCUGACAUUGUCACCAUGGCUAAAGGGAUUGGGAAUGGCUUUCCCAUGGCAGCAGUCGUAACCACUCCAGAGAUUGCCAAAUCUUUGGCCAAACGCCUGCAGUACUUCAACACCUUUGGAGGGAACCCCAUGGCCUGUGCCAUUGGAUCUGCUGUGCUUGAGGUGAUUAAAGAAGAAAAUCUACAGGAAAACAGUCAAGAAGUUGGGACCUACAUGUUACUAAAAUUUGCUAAGCUGCGGGAUGAGUUUGAAAUUGUUGGAGACGUUCGAGGCAAAGGCCUCAUGAUAGGCAUAGAAAUGGUGCAGGAUAAGAUGAGCCGCCGACCUCUUCCCCGUGAAGAAGUGAAUCAGAUCCAUGAGGACUGCAAGCACAUGGGGCUCCUCGUUGGCAGAGGCGGCAUUUUUUCUCAGGUAAGAGAAAGACUGGUCUUUACCUAUCGCUCUAGGUAGGAGUCUCUCUGGUUU